GAUGGAGGUAAGAGUAUCAAAUGUAGAAAUCUGUAAUUUGGCUUAUACUGGGAAGUUUGAAGAACUGAAGAAAUGCGCGUUGUCUGACAGCUCACAAGCGACGAGAACAGAUCAGGACAGCAGGACUGCUCUGCACUGGGCUUGUUCAGCUGGACAUGUGGAAAUCGUGCAGUUUCUGUUGGAUCUUGGAGCUGAAGUGGAUCUCAAAGAUGAUAUAGCCCAGAUUUUGCUGGAAAACAGUGCAGAUCUUAAAGGCAGGGGUGUGUGA